AUGGCCGCCUCUGCUUCAGCGUCCUCCUCUCGAACCCCGCGCAAGCUGAGCCGCAUGUCGAGGUCGGGGGCGCCGCGGCCCAUCAUUACGCCCAACAGCCCUGUCGACGGCAUGAUCACCUCGACCGCAAUACGGCCGCCGACGCCCGCCCCCUCGCCCACGCCCACGCAGCGCGCGCCCGACUGGAGCACCGCGGCCGAGCACGAGGACUCGCACAUCAAGAGCAUACGGGCACACUUCAGCGACAUGAACAGGGGGGAGCGUCUGCGCCUGCUGGGCGAACUGCUGAAUCUGUGCGACAGCCAAGAGCUGAGCUUCGUGUCGGAAUUUGUCAGCCCGCGGCUAAAGAAAGAUCCGUUUAUGCUGCUGCCUACCGAGCUGUGUCUGCGGAUCCUCGAAUGCGUCGACGACCCGACCACUCUCGCCCGAGCAUCGCAAGUCUCCAAGAAGUGGAGAGAACUGGUCGAAGACGACAGCGCUUGGAGGUUACUGUGCCACAAAUACUCGUUCCGGACGCUGUCGAGAGAAGAGAGGACUCCAGGCGACCACCCCGGCGACGACAUGGACGCCGAACCGAAGCCGUGGCGGGCUGAAGACGAACGCACCUCGAGAACAGACGACGUGGCCCCGAAAGAGCACUUAGAAGUCGGUUCGCCAACCUCCGGAGCCGAGGGACUGCGAACACAGAGCCUCGACCGCGAGGCCAAGAGGCAGCCGUUGCAGCGGAGACAGCAGGCCACCACCUACCGAUCACACUUCAAGCAGCGCUACAUGGUCGAGACGGCGUGGCGCAACGGAGGAACAUGCGAUGCACGACAGAUAACACCGGACCAGGGUGUCGUGACUAGCCUGCACCUCACCAGCAAGUACAUCGUCGUUGCUCUCGACAACGCUAAGAUCCAUGUCUUUGACACACUCGGCGACCACCAGAAGACGCUGCAGGGACACGUUAUGGGAGUUUGGGCCAUGGUGCCCUGGGGCGACCUUCUCGUCAGCGGUGGGUGCGAUCGCGAUGUGCGCGUGUGGAAUCUUGCUACUGGAUAUCCACAAUUUACGCUCCGCGGCCACACUUCAACAGUCCGCUGUCUUAAGAUGUCAGACGCGAACACAGCAAUAUCCGGCUCAAGAGAUACGACUCUCCGGAUAUGGGAUUUGAAGAAGGGCCUGUGCAAGCACGUCCUCAUUGGCCAUCAAGCAAGUGUCAGAUGCCUCGAGAUCCACGGUGAUUUAGUGGUGUCUGGCAGUUACGAUACGACGGCAAAGAUUUGGAGCAUAUCGGAAGGCAAGUGUCUGCGGACGCUGUCGGGACACUUCAGUCAGAUCUAUGCGAUCGCUUUCGACGGGAAAAAGAUCGCGACAGGCAGUCUAGACACGAGCGUUCGGAUAUGGGAUCCUACUGAUGGAAAAUGCUUGGCUGUCCUACAAGGUCACACGUCUCUCGUUGGACAACUCCAAAUGCGCGACGACAUCCUCGUGACCGGUGGAUCAGAUGGGUCGGUCCGCGUAUGGAGUCUAGCAACCUACCAGGCUAUCCACCGCCUGGCCGCGCACGACAACAGCGUUACUAGCCUGCAGUUCGACAACACGCGGAUCGUGAGCGGCGGCAGCGACGGCCGCGUCAAAGUCUGGGACCUAAAAACAGGCAUGCUGGUCCGGGAAUUGAGCAGCCCCGCAGAAGCAGUGUGGCGAGUAGUCUUUGAGGAAGAAAAGGCUGUCAUCAUGGCUAGUAGAGGUGGUAGAACCAUCAUGGAGGUCUGGGACUUCUCCCCGCCUCCAGAAGACGAUCUGGAUAACUCGCGCGCUGCUAGUCCGGCGGGGUACCUCGAUAUCGAAUACAAUCGCCCUCGAUCAGCGGCUAUGCCUGUUACGUCGCCGCUUGCGCUGGACGAUAGGGUCGAAGACGUUACUAUGGCGGAUGCUGGCGAGGCGUAG